AUGACAAUAUUUGGUUUGGCAAACACCCCCAGCACUGCCAUCGCCACCUCUCAGGAGAUGGAAGCAGUGCAACUGAACCCCACGGCUGCUGCCAACAAGGCCAGGAAGAAGAGCGGCCCGGCCAUGGAUCUGAACACGUUGCUGGAGCCGGACGGCAAGGCGGCGCUCAUGAGUCAGCCGAUCGACUCGUGGGCGGACGAGAUGGACGAGAUCGCGCCCUUCAAGGUGUUCGUGUCCAACGUGGCGGACGGCGCCGAGCCGGCCAUGCUGGCCGACCUGUUCCGCGGCCUGCGGGUGCGGCACGUCGACCUGCCGACCGACCCCAGAGGCCGACGGGCCGGCCACGGCCACGUCGAGUUCGACACCCGCGACGACCUGAUCCAGGCGCUGCGCAUGGAUGGGCUGGUGCGAGACGCGGACGUGCGCGGCGGCCCGCCGCACGGCCCGCCGCACCAGGACCGGCGCCUGGACCGCGGCCGGAGCGGUGACCGGCAGGAGGGGCCGCCGCGGCCGCUGGACAGGAGCGGCGGCGGCCCACGGUACCAGAGGGACGGACCCCCCGGAUACGACCGCGACGGUCCCAGGCACAUGGGUGGGGGCCCAGGGCACGACAGAGGGGGAGGACCGGGGUACGCGAGAGCGGGAGGGCCUGGGUACGACAGGGGCGGAGGUCCCGGCCACGACAGAGGUGGAGGUCCCGGGUACGACAGAGGAGGCCCCGGUUACGACCGCGACGGUCCCCGGUACGACAGGGGCGGAGGUCCCGGGUAUGACCGCGACGGUCCCCGGUACGACAGGGGCGGUGGUCCCGGGUACGACAGGGGCGGUGGUCCCGGUCACGACCGCGACGGGCCCCGGUACGACAGGGGCGGACCAGACCGCGACGGCCCCAGGUACCCGCCGCGCGGCGACGGCCCGCGAUACGACCGAGACGGCCCGGACCGCGGCGGACCGCGGUACGACGGCCCGGCCGGCCACGAUCGCGGCGGCCCGCGCCACGAGCGCGACGGGCCACGGUACGGCCGCGAUGGACCGCCGGGCUACGAGAGAGAGGGGCCGCGGGGCUACGGCCGGGACGCGCCCGGACCAGGGCCGGACCGCGACGGGCGACGCUUCGCCGGCCCGCCACGGCCUGGCGGCCCCGACGGACCCGGACCCGGACCCGGAGCAGGCAUUGAGCGGGGUCCGGGCGGCCGUCCGCGACUCAACCUGAAACCGCGCACCGCGCCCUCCGAGGAGAUCGGCAAGCCGGCGGCCGCCUCCAGCAGCAUCUUUGGCGGCGCGCGCCCGGUCGACACGGCGGCGCGCGAGCGCGAGAUCCUGUCCGGCGAUCAGCGGCCUCGCUCGGGCGAGAGGCGGCCCCGCUCGGGCGAGCGGCGGCCCCAGGGCAGGCCGCAGGCCGCCGACGAUCGGUACCCGGAGCACCGCCGGCCGCCGGGCCGACAGCACUCGCCCGAGCGCGGCGCCGGCGGCGAGCUCUCGGAGGAGGAGGAGGAGGAGGAGGAGCUGUCGGGUGCGCAGAGGCGGGCGGAGGCCUACCGCGACAUCCGGUAUCCGGACGGACCGCCGGCCAAGCAGUCCAACACCGCCGCUAAGAAGAUGUCGUCGGAGCCGGCCACGACCAGCGCUCGAGACGAGCCGACUGACCGGCCCACCAACGGCAGCCAGCACAGCUCCGAAAGGAGGCCGAUGCCGCCGCUGCAGCCGGCGCGUCCGGCGCCCUCCUCCGGCCGUCCGGAGGCCAGCCGCCAUUAGCCGGCCGGAGCGCCAGC